AUGUCUUCAACCACCGCGCGCAAGCAGGCGCCUCGACUCGCCCGUCCUGCAGCGCGGUACUGGAAAGGCAAAGCCCCCAAAGGCGUUGAAGAUGGCGGGGACUCGGACUCAGAUGAGGAGGAGCCACAAGAGGAUGUCGCUGAGGAGGAAGGCGAUGUAGAUAUUGGUGGGGAGCAGGACAUAGUGGACGAGACUGAGGAAGAUCAAGAACCGGCACCCCUCAUUCAAAAACCCGCCAAAUCCAUGAAUGUUACUCUUCGAGAUGUAAAUAUCUCCAAGGACGGUAAAGUCAUCGUUGCUGGCCAGUCAGAAGAGUCUGAGGACGAGAGGCCUACUAGAGCGGAAUCUGACGAGGUACUGUCCAGCGAGUAUGAAACGGACUCAGAAGAGGAGGAAAAGCCUAAAGCCCAAUUCCGCCCUGUGUUUGUGCCCAAGCGUGCCCGUGUAACAGUGGCAGAACGACAGUUAGAGGAAGACUCAGAAGAGAUGCAACGAAAACGGGAGGCAGAAGCUGAGGAACGAAGAAAAGAAAGCCAUGAUAUGGUGGCAGAAAGUAUCCGUCGAGAACUCCUGGAAAAGGAAAAAGAAGAGGAAAUCCCUGACGUUGAUGAUACCGACGGGGUUGAUCCAGAAGGAGAAUUUGAGGCAUGGCGGUUGCGCGAAUUGGCUAGAAUCAAGAAAGAGAAAGAGGAUGAGCUGCGCAGAGAGGAGGAACGAGAAGAGGUCGAACGACGACGCGCUUUGCCCGAGGAACAACGACUAAAGGAGGAUCUUGAACACGCUCAGAAACUCCGUGACGAAAAACCCAAGGGCCAGCAAAAAUUCCUCCAGAAAUAUUGGCACAAGGGUGCCUUCCACCAGGAUGCAGAAAUUCUCAAACGACACGAUUUUACAGAGGCCACCGCAUCGACUGUCGACGUGUCGUCUUUACCUGCAGUCAUGCAAGUCAAGAAUUUCGGCAAACGCAGUCGAACAAAAUACACCCAUUUGGUUGAUCAAGAUACCACUUUGCCGUCUGGUGGGUUUGGCGGAACCGCGCCUGUCAAGUCCGGUGGUAUGAACACUGAAGGUGGAGGCUGUUUCUUAUGUGGUGGUCCACAUCUCAAGAAAGGUGACUCUAUUCCAUAUUCUGUGAGUUCUCUCCAACUCAAAGCUGUUGAAGACUGCCCUCAAAACACCGGUCCACUGAUGCAACUCGCCAAGACUGACGCAAACGCGGAUCCAACCGGCCCGAAGAAAAAAUGGGGUGGUCCUCCAGAUUCCAAAUCUUGGCGCGACCGCUACGAGGGUAGGGAUAAUGUGGGAAAAGAGCGCGAUCCAGACGGCUACAUGGACUCACGUGAGCACGGAAGAUGGGACGAACGUGACCAUGCAGACAACUCUCGCGACUAUCAUGAUAACCGCAGCUCCCGGAGAAGGAGAUCGCGUUCCCGGUCCGACUCCCGGUCUCGCUCUCCACCAAUACGAUACGGAAGACGUGAAGACGAUCGAGGUUGGCGAGAACGACGACGAGGUUCAAGAGAGAGGGAUGAUAGUGGGAAGCGACGGCGCCUUGACUAG